UUCGGCGGGCAGGGCGGGGGCGUGGCCGGCGGCGCUGCGAGCGGCUCGUUGUCCGCGCUGCGGAGCCCUUAGCCUCCCACUGCCCAGGCUCUACCGCGCCGGCGACAGGUGUGAUCUCCAAGGAAGACUGCUCAGCAGCUUCAAAAUUGAGUGGUAGAGCAGUGUCCAAGACAGAUAGCUAAAUUGUCCAAGACAGAUAACCCCCGAAUCAACCAUGAAUUGCAGAGGGGGGGGAUGUCAACAAGUAUCAUCCAUGUACUGAAGAAACAGGAGGAGGUCUCUUCUUUGUAUAGCCCUGAAGCUCUACUUGAAGAACCCCAUCAGGAUUCUUGAGGUGUCUACUUUCAAGCUUGUGAUCCCAGUAGUGGUCUGGUGCCUUUGCAGACCUGUGAACAAGAUGAAUAGUAUACUAAGCCUCUUGCCUGAUCUUGGAAGACAGACAGAUAUUAUAAAAUGUCUAAUGGUUAUGAAGAUCACAUGGCUGAAGAUUGCAGGGAUGAUAUUGGUAGAACAAAUUUAAUUGUGAACUACCUCCCUCAGAACAUGACGCAAGAUGAGUUACGGAGUCUAUUUAGCAGUAUUGGCGAAGUUGAAUCUGCAAAACUUAUUCGGGACAAAGUUGCAGGACACAGCUUAGGCUAUGGCUUUGUGAAUUAUGUUACUGCAAAAGAUGCUGAAAGAGCAAUAAAUACACUGAAUGGCCUCAGACUUCAGUCAAAAACUAUCAAGGUUUCCUAUGCUCGCCCAAGUUCUGAAGUUAUCAAGGAUGCUAACUUAUAUAUUAGUGGACUACCAAGAUCAAUGACACAGAAAGAUGUAGAAGAUAUGUUUUCACGUUUUGGACGCAUCAUCAACUCACGUGUGCUUGUGGAUCAAACUACAGGUUUGUCCAGAGGGGUCGCAUUUAUCCGGUUUGACAAAAGGUCAGAAGCAGAAGAGGCAAUCACAAAUUUCAAUGGUCACAAACCCCCAGGUUCCUCCGAACCCAUUACAGUGAAGUUUGCAGCCAAUCCUAACCAGAACAAAAAUGUGGCACUGUUAUCGCAGCUGUGUCAUUCACCAGCUAGACGGUUUGGAGGGCCAGUGCAUCACCAGGCGCAAAGAUUCAGGUCAGCAGAGAAUCAGGAACUGCCACCGCCAUGUUCUUGGCAGAGAGCAGCACGUGUACCGCUUUUAAGUGGUUUGCAUAUCACCAGUGGUACACCACAGUUUGGGAACCCCUGGUUCUCUCCUAUGGGUGUAGAUCACAUGAGUGGGCUUUCUGGUGUAAAUGUUCCAGGAAACGCAUCUUCUGGCUGGUGUAUCUUCAUCUACAACCUUGGUCAAGAUGCUGAUGAGGGAAUCCUCUGGCAGAUGUUUGGCCCCUUUGGUGCGGUUACCAAUGUGAAAGUUAUUCGAGAUUUCAACACCAACAAGUGCAAAGGUUUUGGUUUUGUGACCAUGACAAACUAUGAAGAAGCUGCAAUGGCCAUAGCAAGUCUUAAUGGCUACCGCCUGGGGGACAAAAUCUUACAGGUUUCCUUCAAAACCAACAAGUCCCACAAAUAACUUGCUCGUGCUUUUUGUAUGGAAUAGAUAAUUGAGUGACAGAAGUAGAAACAUUUUUGUUAGUGUAAAACUCAUUUUGCGCCAAUUUUCACAAGUGUUUGUCUUAGUCUAAAUGAGAAGUGAAAAAGGUUUUAUAUUCUGGGAUGCAACUGACAUGUUCAAAUGUUUGAAAUCCCACAAUGUUAAACCAAUUUUAUGUUCCUUUAAGUUAUUUCAUUUAAAACAUGUUUAAAAUCCCCUGAAAUCUUAAGUAGAUUGCAUUAACUAGACCCUCUGGAUGGUGGUAAAAUUGAAGCAUGCUUUCACUUAUGAGACUAACACUUGUUCCAUUGAAUGUUGUCUGCAAAAACUGGAAUUUUCUGAAAAAUAUCAGGCUGAAUUCAUUAAUUUUCUUGGGUUUUAUGUUGUUGUUUUUCCUACCCAUUCCCCUGAUCUUCUCUACCCCAGACUCAGUAGUAUGGAAGAAAAGUUGAGAAAUACUAAUGUUUUAGUUGGCAGUAAAUUGUUUGAUCAAUUAAUAUUCAUUACUACAUAUAUAGUUGAGGAUUAGGCCUUUAAAAGUCAAGGUCUUGUAAGUAGUAGCAUGCCAGCAUAACUUUUAACACCAUUGAUGAGGUAAGUCACACUGAGCAGUGGCCAAGCUGUCAAAUUCAAAGGUUUUAGAAACAUUACUUUUAAAGUCCACUUUCUAAUAGGAAUGGACCAAAGAGUUUCAAAGAAACUCCAGGAGGAUUUCAGAGUCAAAAUGAAACUCCAGAAAGAGAGUGAAUAUAUGUUGCUACUUUAUCAAACUGAAUCUCUUCUGUCCAAAUAUUUAAUGCAUGGUGCACUACUUACUGGUACAUUAUAAUGCAGCCAAGAUACUUACUCAUUUUCAAAGAGCAUUAUAGUUUGAAUUCCUUUGGUAGUUCUAUUUUGUAAAGAAAAAAGUUAUAAACAUUUGAGCAUUGUAUUUCUCGCAUCCCUUCUAAUGAGUGCUAGAUUUUUCUAUUUUAAUAGGAUUUUGUUUUGACAGCUAGCUUUACUUAUUGAACACUCAGCAGAAAAGUACUUACUACUUGCAAGUUAGAUAUUAACAAGAAACCCUUUGAUUUGUAGAUUUAAAGAUUAAUCCCCCAAGUUUUCUGCAGACUGCCUUGAAACUUUGAGUUGUUCUGUUUCUGUUAAUUUUCUUUUGCUUUUUUGUGUUUUUGUUUGUUUUUACUUUUGCAUUUAAGAACAUUAAAUUUGAUUUUGUUUUGCUCAAA